UUCACUUUCUUUCUUUGGCUGCGGGCUCCCUCGGCCGUUUCACUUCCUGGGGUUGCCGCCGCCGCCGCCUCUCCGCGCCCGACAUGUUUCCCUUCGGCUCCGCCGCCCGCCGGCUCUGAGCAGCCCCGGGGAGGGGGUCCCCGCAGCCCCCCCCGCACCCCCGCCCCAAAGAGAGGAGGGGGAGGGGGCCGGCCGAGCCCCUCCCCCCCCCCGCCCCAAAACAAAGGGGACCCGCCCGGCGCUCUCCGGGGAAAGAAAGCGGAGCGGGCAGGAAACCCGCGUCGGCGCGUUCCGACGUGCACGCCGAGAGACAGAGAGAGAAGACGCGGGUCAGAGCGGCGGGGUCCCUCCCCGGGGUCCGGCUUUCUUUCCCGGCAUGGCAGGGCCGGCGGCGGGUCGGGCAGCUGUCAUCAGCGGACAAGCCUCUUUUCUCGGCGCGAUAGGAAGCAGGCGCCGACACCAAGGGAGAACGUGAGGAGGAAAACCAAGAAACUUUUCGAAGCAGUCUGUGGCUGUAGUUAGAAUCGCUGAAUGAUCCUCGGAAUAGCCCGCUCCAUAAAACUCGUUCGGUUGGGUAGAGUCGUUAGAGAAUGUUGCCACUCGGUUACAAAAGCUUAGCUGAACAUGAGAUGAAAGUGCUGUAUCGCGCCUGGGAGGGACAGCUUUUCGUUCAGAAUCGGCGGGUCUGCAACAUCGUCCUUCGGUCGCCCUCUCAAGCUUCGAUCCCAGCUCAGUUGCCAGCCAAGCUGGAAUUCAAGUAUAUCGUGCGGAUAUCUGAAUUGCGAAAAAAGCUGCCGGAAGCUGCAUUUGAAAAAAACAGUUACUCCAAUAAUGAAGUCUGUUGUCAGCAGCUGUCGUUUCGUUUAUAUCAAGUGGAAAUAUUAGACGAGAGUGAACGGAAAGAUCAGCUCAUUGGGAGCAUGAAAGAAAAAAACCUGGCACUUGUUAAAUAUUUAAAUGACCGCGGAAUCCUCCUCUUCCUCACCUCGUCAGUCUUGGCAAAAGAAACAGACGCCGAAGCGAACGAUUUGGGCUGCCUUCAAGCUUUGUUUCUGUUUCCAUCCCCAGAGCCCAAACUUUUAAGAGCCACAGAUUGGAAACGCGAAGAGGGGAGAAGCGAGGCCCCUCAGCAGCUCCCCCUGAUCCUUCCCCUCCUUCAGCAGGCGUUGGCGGGAGCCGCCAAAAAUCCGAAUCCCAGCCAAUUUUCUCCUAGCGCUUUGGUCAAACUGCACAUGGAGGAAUUUGCAAAUGUCGAUCAGUGUUCGGUGCUGAGCUGCGAUAACACGGCCAGCCUACCUUUGCCUUCCAAACUUUCAUCCGAGACCCCUAAGGGGGCCCCCGUGGACGAUACGCGUUCCCCUUCCUCAUUUUCCGACUUGGCGGUUUAUCUGUCGGAUCCCGAAAGUUACGCGCUGGAGGUUUCGUCUGCCUCGGCCUGCUUGAAGGGCCGUUGUCGGUUGUCUGAUGGUUGCACGGGUUUAAAUUUGGAUCCGUCGCGAUCGGACAGAGCGGACGGAGCUGGUGAAACGGGCAAGGCUCCCUUCGAGGGGCCGAGCCGAGCCGCCGCGUCGAAAAGCAGCCCGGCCGGAGAGCGAUCCUUGCAAUGGACAAAGAGGAAAUCCAGCCGGAUCCUCGGGGCCAGUUCAAAGAAGAAAUGGUCGCCUCUCAAGAUGUACUGCGUCUUGGAGAGCAGCAAAAAGAAGACGAAGGAGAAGGAGAAAAGUAAGAAGAAGAAGAAGAAAAAGAAGAAGAAAUUGCCCAAGGAAGCGAUGACGCUCAACAUCCCUUUGGCUAAAGAUCCCGGGUCCCCAGCAGAUCCUAAAAAGCCUACUCUCAAAUUAAAAAAUAUUCUGAAUCCACUGAGAAGGAAGAGGGGGGCCGAAGUUUUGUCCGCGGAAUUCAUUCACGGACCGAGGAGCGUGUCGCUUGAGGGAGCAACGGGGUCUUCAGCAGGACCCGCCACAGAGGAAAAGAAACCACGGCUGAACAUGGCCACGAAACUGAAGGAUGUGGACAAAAUGGACGCCAGAGGACCAACUCCAAGGAAAAACAUCCGUGGCGUUCCUUCGGAAAAGCAAAGGACCGAAGCUGCCUCCGUAGAAAGGGACGUGGCUGCCCCAGAUACCAACCAGGCGCCCUCCGGAGGGGAGGAAUGUGAUUCCCACGCCUUGAAUCUGUUGGCUGAUUUAGCACUGAGCUCCUGUAACUCUCCCUUGGACGGGAACAGUCGAAGAGACUUUGGGCGUUUCCGUCCGUCCCGGGAACAUCGUCUACACCGUGGGAAAUUUUUGCACAAAUCGUCGGAUCACGAAUAUCACAGGGCUACCAAGAAACGGAAAGGCGCUUUCCUGCCAGGACAGUCGUCCCGAUCGUCCCUUUGGCCCGCCAAGGAGACUGGCCGGGAUAAGGACUGGCCUUUGACCGCGAAGGACCGAAGCGCCGUGAAUCUCAUCAAAAAGAAAAAGGCCAGGGCCAACCUCGCCAAAACUUCUCUGGCACUUCCGAGCGAGCCCGGGGAUCUGUCGGACUCGAGCGUCAUCAUUUCCUUAGAGCACUCGUACGCCUCUCCCGUCUCCGAGAUGCCCAGAAAGGCGACGCCACGUUCUCCCAACUCAAGGAACGGGGUGAAGCAGGAUAAACCGGGUCCGUUAGUUGGGAAAGUGCUUCCUUUCCAGCACCAGCAGAAUUCGUGCCAAGUGGGCAAACCGGUUACGAACCAUUUACCGCCCGCUCGCUCUGUUGCCCUGGCUACCCGGCUGAGGGUGGACUUCUCCAACAGUCGCCAAGUGACUUCUCGCGACAAAACGGUCCAAGUUACUUUCCAGUGGGAGGCGGAAUACCUCUUCGACUUGGAUAGCAAAUAUACGAAUAACUCCUUAGAAAAAACCAUCAUACGGGCAGUACACGGGCCCUGGGACGAAAGCCUCUCCGAUGACAUGGAAGAGAUGAAGCUGAUCCUUCACAUGUGGUUGGCGCUGUUUUACAGCAAACCGGUCCAAGCGCUGACGGUACGAAAAGUGGUGGAGCACAGCAACCCUGCCAAGUACGUCUCCCUGAAUAGUCUGGUGGACCCCUUGGAGCCCAUGGAUGAUGGUGGGGGACCUUACGGGUUGGAGAAAUGCCCCGCGAGUUCUCUCCCCGUAGCUGUCCGGAUACCUGCCGAAGGAGGGGAAGACGGAUCGGUUUCUCCUUCUGAGAAGCUACUCCCGGGGAACAGACUGUCUUCCGCCGACUCCUUAGAGGACGAGAGCCCUCUGACAAAACUUGAAGAAACCAAGGACCUGCCCCAGAAGGAAGAACUGCCUCAUCCUCCUCUAAAGUCCGUUGACGAGGUGGUUGAAGCAGAGCCCAAAGAACAAACCUCACUUCACCCUGUGCUUCCUAUUGAAAACCCGCCUGGAGUUGACGAGCGUGUGAACCCUCCGAUCUGUCAAACCAAGACAGACAGAAGUCAAGAGACUAUGUCAGUUGAAACUUCCCCAAACGACGCAUCUGUGCCUACGGGACCUCCAGUGGAGGGUUCAAGAAACCAACAGCCCAUCGCAAGCACCCAAGUUGCUCUUUCGGUAACAAAUAGGGGAACUGACGUUGGGUCUUCUUCUGAAGAAGUGAAGAAGGACAACCUCCCAGCUGGUGGUCCCAACCCAAGAAUGUGGAAAGAAGUGGAGUUAAAAGCGGAUGUGAAUUCUCGGAAGCCCACCAAUCCAGUGAACGAAGUGGGAAACCAGCCUAGACUUUGUACGGAUGAGCGAGAUGGAGAAGGCGUGGACUUGGGAUCCAUUGAUCUUGUGCUCUCCAAAAGCAACGAUGCUGACAUGGAAAUCCAAGAUAUGGAUCUGGUUUCAGAGGACGAGGGAGAACCUGCAGAGAGCAGUGUGAAAGGAAGGGAAGAAAUAGAUGGUAUGAGUGAUGUCUCGUCAUCCGGACAAGGUCCUCUCUCAUCUAGGGCAUCAUCCCCAGAUGCUUCAUCUGGGCAUCCGACAGAAUUCCCAGGUGUCCAAGAAGCUGCGGUAGGACCAUCCUCAAGUUCUGUAUCUCCAAACCAAAUGGGGUUGAUGGAUAUGGUUCCUCAGCAGGCGACCUCAAUCCAUCCAGUGGCUGUUGAUGAAAAGAUGGUUGGAUCAACCUCAAGUUCUAUAUCUCCAAACCAAAGGGAGUUGGUGGAUACGGUUCCUCAGCAGAAGGCCUCAUUCCAGCUAGUGACUGUUGAUGAAAAAAUGGUUGGAUCAACCUCAAGUUCUAUAUCUCCAAACCAAAUGGAGUUGUUGGAUACGGUUCCUCAGCAGAAGGCCUCAUUCCAGCUAGUGACUGUUGAUGAAAAAAUGGUUGGAUCAACCUCAAGUUCUAUAUCUCCAAACCAAAUGGAGUUGGUGGAUACGGUUCCUCAGCAGAAGGCCUCAUUCCAGCUAGUGACUGUUGAUGAAAAGAUGGUUGGAUCAACCUCAAGUUCUAUAUCUCCAAACCAAAUGGGGUUGAUGGAUAUGGUUCCUCAGCAGAAGGCCUCAUUCCAUCUAGUGAUUGCUGAUGAAAAAAUGGUUGAAUCAACCUCAAGUUCUAUAUCUCCAAACCAAAUGGAGUUGUUGGAUACGGUUCCUCAGCAGAAGGCCUCAUUCCAGCUAGUGACUGUUGAUGAAAAAAUGAUUGGAUCAACCUCAAGUUCUAUAUCUCCAAACCAAAUGGAGUUGUUGGAUACGGUUCCUCAGCAGAAGGCCUCAUUCCAUCCAGUGACUGUUGAUGAAAAGAUGGUUGGAUCAGCCUCAAAUUCUGUAUCUCCGAACCAAAUGGAGUUGUUGGAUACGGUUCCUCAGCAGAAGGCCUCAUUCCAUCCAGUGACUGUUGAUGAAAAGAUGGUUGGAUCGGCCAUGGAUCCCACGUCUCCAAAACAAACAGACGAGGUGGAGAACUCGCACGAUGAAGCGGUCUUAGCCAAUUCAGUUUCUACUGAAGCUUCUGGAGACUUCUCAAACGAUCUUGCAACUCAAGAUGGACCCUUCUAUCAAAGUCCACAGGAACCAGUGGAAAGUCCUAGGGUCCCUAAACAAGUUGACGUGGUUGACCUUUCCUCAGUUUCCCAGGAAGACGGAAGGAUCUAUUCAUCCUGUCUGCCUUCAUGGCAGGCUAGUCCUGUCCAUCGAGUGUCUGAUGAAGAACCAUCAAGGAUCCAGGAAGACCAUCCCGAGAACCCCUUGUAUCACAUUUUCCAAAAUCCGAUGGGUUUGAUUGAAGAUAUUUCUCAGGACAGUACAGACUUGGCUGAUCCGGCUGUGUUGCACCUUUGUGAACCAAACAAAAAUUUCUGUGUGAACUUGGUACCAAACAGUAUAUCAACUCGGCAGGAAUCGGUAGAAAACCAAGACAGUUUGGUUGCAUUCGCUCAACAUCUUCCCCUCACCAAAGAAAUGGAUCUGGUUGAAAGUCCUGAAGGAGACCAUCCAGCUAGUCCUGUCCAUCAGGAAACCUCUGAUGAAGCUGCAACAUUGCAGGACAAUUCCGAUGUCAAACUGGAUUUGCUUGAGGAUUCCUCCAUUCCCCAAGAAAAAGAUGUCAUUCACCCAACAGAGAAUGUUUUGGGGCCAGUUAAUGAACAACGGAGUGCAGAGUCUGAUUUGGGAACUCAAGAGGAACAGAAGAUCAAUCAGGGAGAAAAGAUCCCGGUGGAUUCCCAGCCCGCAAAAGAAUACCCGAGCUCAGAGUCGCACGAUGCGGAAUCUGAAGCUUCCUUCAAGAGUGAAACGUGUUUGGAUCUAGAGAAUAUCAGAGACUCUUCUGCAAGAGAAGAAGAAGAAGACGGGUCCCCCGAUGACGGUGUUGAAAAACCAACCGUUUCCACGACCGCUGUAGCUGAAGAGGUCCAUGUUUUAAUGAACGAAUUGGUAGACACGGUGUGCGCUACGAUAGCUCAGAGUGAAGAAAUGAGGGCUCUAAAGUGUUUAGAUUGGAUUGAUUCAGCCAUGCUGGAGUGUGUGACGCCUCCCGGGAGCGACGAUGAAGGUUGUCCAACUGAUCAGGAUUCCCAUGCGGACGUGAAAUGGGUUGAGGAAUGUUUAGAAGAGAGUUCCAGCUUUGAUGAGCAAGAAGAAGACUUACAAGCCAGGGUAGAAGGACGAGGAGAGUUGGAUUCAUCAUCAAAUGAGAACGCAACGUCCGAUCCAGGAGAUGCUUCUGAAAAAGCAGAACUUCAAGGAAAUGAUGCUACCUCAGCUGCCACGGAGACCUUCUCAAGUUGUGGCACAAGUCAAGCAGAGCUGGACACAGCCAGCCCAAAAAGCAGAUGUUCAUGGCUCGAAACCACUGAGUCCCCAGAUGACAACAGUGCAAAGGUGGAUGACUAUGGUGUGUCCACUUUGGAGAAAGUUGGGCAAACAGAGGCUAGUCCAGAAGAACCCAAUUGCGACAGGGAAGACUGUCCUAGAGGAGAAGAUGUGGGGAACACAUCCUUUGUCCCAGCAAAAUGUCAGGAGGACUCUUUGGCAGAAGAACCUGGUUCUUUGGUUGACCGAGAUUCAAAGGAAGCUCCAGAGGAUUGUGAAGAAGAGGCCCAAGAAGAAGCAAAGGGGUGUUUGGGAAGUCUUGAAGAUCCUCUACCUGACGAAAGGACACAGAUGUCCACCAGUUCUUCAGGCACAGACACAGACUGGGAAGAUGAAUAUCUGACGGUGGACGAUGGUCAAGAUCCCUGCGUAGAUUGGUAUCCCACAAGAACAAUUGAGAGUUGGUAUCAACCAAGAUUCAAGGCCUCCCCAAGCAUUGAAUCUGAGUUAACCCGUAGUUCAGGUCCUGGGAAUGAGACUUGUAAAGAUGGGGAUUGGGUGUCCUCAGAAGCUAGCCAGAAGACGUCAGAUGCCGGGUCCCUGAAACGCAACGUUCCUUUUGGUUUAAAAAAAGAUUGCUUAUGGUCUCGUGAUAUGGACCAUAAACCCGAGCCCUUCAAGGAUUAUAUCAAUUUCUCCAUCACCAAGAAGCACAAGGAGAAAAGCAGGACUUUCCACACGUUCUCCAAAGAGCACAACCCUUUCUCCAGAGAUUUGGGGUCCAUCAACUCCUGGAACAGGAACUGGGAUUUUCUGAGUGACCCAAUUCAGAACAUUUUAGACAUGGAAUCCCUGCAAUUCCACUGCAGGAUCCAGGAACUCCUGAAGAGAUCACAACGUUCUACCUCCUGUGUUCUUCCCAGCAAGAAGGUCCCAUGUCAAGGGAUAGCAGAAGGGUUGCCGUCGAGGACGGUCUCGGAAGAGACAAUUGCUAAGUUUCCAACCAGAAGCAAAAGUCCACUACUGGUCACCGUUGUCAACCCAAAUUUGAGGACUGGGCACCGAUACAGUGACAUCUAUGGCCCGUUUCCGGCCAGCCUAGAUCCCUUUGUCCCUAGGAGUCAAGGCGGACUCAGUCCGAAAUAUCCCUUCCCUUCUUUGCGUCUCCAGAAACUGACCUACCAUAAGCUGAACAGUUUUUCCCGGGAUAUCUCGUCCGUUCUUGAAGACUUUGCCGAAUUUAGCCGGGCGAUGACCUCGGAGAGCGUGCGGAUGGGCAACCCUGGAAGAGACCUCACUGCUACCUCAGGAAAGGCAGGUGAGAUACGGUACCCACCUCAACCUCCCACGCCGCUCGUCUAUGAGGACCUUCUCGCCGAGCUGCGCAACGCACUACAUUUCCAGCUAAAAAAUGUGGCCCAGGAAGCAUCCCGAAAACCCUUCUCCUUCUACUUGAUGGAAACGGAAGAUGACCCGUUCUUCGGGAGAGUAAAGAAUUUGCUAAAGAAAGGUGGCCACUCCGAAGUGGAUCUACUGCAGUUCUGCAAAGGAAGCGGCGUGGAAAUGGAGAACCUGUUGGUCAUCGUUCGGAACGAGGACAUUUUCUUACACAUCCACAAAGUCCCUUCCUUGCUGCAUCUCAAACGCUGCCCCAACGUGACUUUUGCUGGGGUCGACAGCCCCGAAGACCCCCUGGAGCACACCUACCAGGAGCUGUUCCACAGCGGGGGCUUUGUGGUGUCCGAUGACAACGUGCUCGAGGGAAUGACCGUAGGGGAGCUGAAAGACGUGAUUAAAACUCUGGAGAAACUCAACAGUCAUGGGAGAUGGAAGUGGUUCCUUCACUACCGAGAAUCCAAGAAGCUGAAGGAAGAUGCCAGGGGGGAUCUUGCCGCAAACACCAAGGAAUCAGUCCUGAAAUCCUGCCAGGUAGCCAACAUGACGGAGGUCCUGCAUUACCACAAGUGUGACUCCAAAUCCUGCACAAGAUUUGAGCGCUUCAACUGCCUGUUGAACUUGCAAAUUCAACACAUCACCAAGAGGUUCGCAGUAUUUCUCACAGAAAAUGCCAGCGCCAACUGGGAAGCCUUGGAGGACAAAGGCAUUUUCAGCCUGAACAUCAGCAACUUCAUCGCCACCGCACAAGGCCUGGUGGCGCCGUUCGGAAGCGGCUUCUGGUAACCAGGAUAAACUGCUUUCUGCCUUCUUGCAACCAACCAGGGAUCGCAACGCCAAACCCGAUUUGUCUGUCCGUUGCGGACGUUCCCGGAGACUCCGGACUCUUGUCCCCCUCACUCCAAUUAAGCAGCCGUGAUUCCUGUACGAGGUCAAGCAGGCGGGCCUCCCACCCUCCCCAGGACGGUUUUAUUUUAGCGCCUUAGCAAGGUGGCUUGGGAAAGGGGCGCUGUUUUAUUUAAACACAACGUGGAACCUCAAAAAGGAAAAUGCAUUUUGACGUUCUCGACUCUCUCCGAAUAGGAAAAUUAGGAAAGCAUAGGAAUCCGGGGAUUCUCCAUUGUGCAGCUUAGUAUCCACAUAGGAAAAAUUAAAAAAAAAAAAAAUCUGCUUACUUGAAGGGUUACAAAUCAAUUGACCUCAACCCAGCACUUCAGAUACCUGGUUGGGUGCACUCCGAAAGUGGGGGUGGGGUGGGUGUGUUGAGUGUUGUACAAGCACUGUGUUAGGUUGGGGUGUCCAGUUCCCCAGCCGGUGGACCUCAACUCCCAGAAUCCCCCAUCCAUUGAACUUUCAGCUCCCAGAAUCCCCCACCCAUUGAACUUCCAGCUCCCAGAAUCCCCCACCCAUUGAACUUCCAGCUCCCAGAAUCUCCCAUCCAUUGGACUUCCAACUCCCAGAAUCCCCCACCCAUUGACCUUCCAGCUCCCAGUAUCCCCCACCCAUUGAACUUUCAGCUCCCAGAAUCUCCCAUCCAUUGAACUUCCAGCUCCCAGAAUCUUCCAUCCAUUGAACUUUCAGCUCCCAGAAUCCCCCAUCCAUUGAACUUCCAGCUCCCAGAAUCCCCCACCCAUUGGACUUCCAACUCCCAGAAUCCCCCACCCAUUGACCUUCCAACUCCCAGAAUCUCCCAUCCUUUGAACUUUCAGCUCCCAGAAUCCCCCAUCCUUUGAACUUCCAACUCCCAGAAUCCCCCAUCCAUUGACCUUCCAACUCCCAGAAUCCCCCACCCAUUGAACUUUCAGCUCCCAGAAUCCCCCAUCCAUUGACCUUCCAACUCCCAGAAUCCGCUACCCAUUGAACUUUCAGCUCCCAGAAUCCCCCAUCCUUUGAACUUUCAGCUCCCAGAAUGCCUCAUCCAUUGGACUUCCAACUCCCAGAAUUCUGGGCGUUGAAAAGUCCACUGGCUGGGGAACUCUGGGAGUUGAAGUCCACCUUUCUUAAAGUCGCCGUGGCUGGACACCGCUCGUGCACUGGCUUUUAACACAACUCCCCUGCAAUUGUGCUCAAGGAUGCAUGAAUGACAAGUGUGCUACAUGCGUCUCGUGGGCUUUUUAGGAUCCGGGAUUAUUUUGCACACCCAACGAACAUCGGACCGAAUCGCACAAGAGUCAUUACAAGGGGUGUUUUAUGGGGUGGGGGUGGGGUGGGUGGGUGGGCGGGGAAAAACUGGGGUGACGAGAGUAGAUAAUCCAAGUUUAGUAGCACUUGUUUUCUCUUGUAGAUAAGCAUGGUUUGUUUGGAUUCUGGAGUUAGGUCUUUCUCGAGAGCUCUGUUCGUCGUAUCGCAAUAAGGGGCGGCGGGGGGGGUGUUUGUUCAUUCAGUUGGAGCACUAAUAAAAAUUGGGCCUUGUAAGAUACGUUCGCCCGUCUUUGGGGGAAAAAAUAUGAAUUCUUUUGUAACUAAUCUUUAUAAAUAAACUUGACUUGAAAAGG